AUGACCCUCUUAAACACACCACUUCCAAUUACCUUCAACCAGCUCUACAUCAAUGGAGAGUACAGUAACCCCCAUUCACGGGAGUUUUUCUCCGUCCGCAACCCCAAGGACAACAGCUUAGUCGCGGAGCAAAUCCCCAUUGCAGACGGCGUCGAUGUGGACAACGCGGUCAGAAUCGCCGAAGCUGCAUUCAAUGGUCCCUGGUCAACAUUCAGCGCUGUGGAGCGUUCAGCCUGUUUCCACCAGCUAGUUAAUAUACUCGACGAGAAGCUGUCCGAUAUACUACUUUUAGAUUCACUGACGACGGGGAAUCCCGUCUCGCUUAUUCCCACCCGAGAAAGGAAUUACAUCCGCAAUUGUCUUUUGUACUAUGCUGGCUGGACAGACAAGCAACGCGGCGAUUACUACCCGGACGAUGACGGAUUUGUGAAGCUUGUCAGACAUGAGCCUCUCGGCGUCUGCGUCGCUAUAAACCCCUACAACUCCCCUGUGGCCUCCUUCUUCAUAAAAGCUGCCCCCUGUCUAGCAACUGGAAACGUCCUUAUCGUAAAGCCAUCGGAGAAGAGCCCCCUGGGCUCUCUGGCAGUGGCAGCACUAUUCGAAGAGGCCGGAUUCCCCGCUGGCGUUGUGCAGGUCCUUACAGGCGAUGGCAGCACCGGUGGGCGACUGGCCAGCCAUAUGAGAGUGCGGAAGAUCAGUUUCACGGGUAGUGUUGGUACAGGAAAGAAGAUUCAGGUUGCGGCGGCUCAGAGCAAUCUAAAGCGGGUCACGUUGGAGCUUGGUGGCAAGAGCCCGGCGGUGAUCUUUGAGGACGUGGAUCUGGACAAUGCGGUGACUUGGACAAUCAAUGGCAUCCUGGCGCGAACAGGCCAGGUUUGCGUCGCGGCAUCGCGUGUCUACGUGCACCGCUCGAUCGCACGCAAGUUUCUGGAUUUGUACUGUGCGCGCAUGAAGGAUGCUCUCAAGAAUAUCGGUGACCCACAGUCACCGGAAGCCAAGUUGGGGCCACUCGCAGACGCAAUGGCCUUUGAAAAAGUGCAGUCGAUGAUUGCACGAGGCAAGCGAGAAGCCGAGCUGGUCGUGGGUGGCAAUCGUAUCGGGGAGCAGGGCUGCUUCCUCGAGCCAACGGUGUUCAUCAAUCCAAAGCCUGAUGCCGAAAUCUACAAGAAUGAGGUCUUCGGCCCGGUCUCGGUUGUGAGGACGUUUGAUUCGGAAGACGAAGUCGUUGCCUGGGCGAAUGAUACGGAGUAUGGGCUGAUGGCAGGGGUGUUUACUCGCGAUAUCAAUCUUGCCAUGAGAGUCUCUGCAAAGCUGGACUCCGGAGUUGUUGGAGUCAAUUGCGUCAGCGUCAUGAAUAUCCAAGCGCCUUUCGGAGGUAAAAAAGCCUCGGGGAUUGGAAAGGAGUUUGGCGAAUACGCCUUGCGCGCCUUUACGGAGCCGAAGACUAUCUUGAUCAAGUAA